AACAGUAAAUGUAUUAUGAUCAUACAUCUUAUAUUUCAGAGGGAAAAGACUCUGCUGCAAGAGUAUAAAAUACGCAACAAAAGUAAUGUAUUUAUUGAUAGACGGAUUGGUGAAAAUGAUGUACGCAUGGAUCCUGAGAAGAAAAUGGAUCUUCGACUUGCUGCUGAAAAGAAAAGACAGUUUAGGAAGAAAUCACUAUUCAACUUGAAUGACGAGGAAGAACUUACGCAUGGUGGCUUCUCGCUGAGUGACUCCAACCUGAACGACAAGCUGAGUAUCAGUGAUGAUGAGGAUGACAUGCUUGAUGCUCAGUUUGUCAAAGAGAAACAUUUUGGUGGUGGUGGACUUUUGACAAAGAGAGAGGACCAGGAAGUAGAUGGCAAACCAAAGAGUAGAAAGGAUUGGAUUGAUGAAAUUAUAGCAGAAUCAAAAAAGAAGAAAGCUGAAUCCAAGAAAGAGAAAGAGGAGCAGUACGAAGCUGUCACUAAACUAGACUCGGAACUUCAAUCUUUUAUGAAGAUUAUGGCAAAUCACACACUUACAGAUGAAGAUAAAGAUGAGGCCAAGAAAUCUUGUGAGUUCAGAGAUUAUGACACCUUAGUUAAAGAGCUGUUCUUUGACCGUAGUGGUAAAGCUAAGGCCGUAGAGAAACUUAAGACCCCAGAAGCGUUGAUCAAAGAAGAGCAAAAGCGUCUACUUGCACUUGAAGCAGAUAGGGUACAGCGUAUGAAAGGAGAGGAGGCCAAAAAGAAUUCUGGAUUGAAGAGUGCAGAUGACCUUGAUGAUGGGUUUAUUAUAAAUAAGGAUGAUAGAUUUCAUGUUAGCUACAAAGAUGGUGUAAUGAUAACAGAAACAGUUGAAUCUGAAGACAAGGAGGAAAAAGAUGAGGAAGAUAAGAAUCAAGAUGAAAUAAAUAAUAGUGCAGAAGAUGGAGAGGAAGAAGAAAGAGAAGAGGACAGUGAAAAUGAUGAAGAAAAAGAAGAGAGUUCAGAUAAUGAGAGUGAUAAAUAUUCAGAUAUCCUUGAAGAGAGUGAUAGUGAAGUGGAUGAAGAACUACCAAAGGAAAAGGAAGUUAAAAAAGUUACCAAUCAGAAGAGAGAGAUGAUGGAAGCAGCUAAAAAAGAAAUACCUUAUACAUUUGAAGUACCCCAGGAUUAUGAAGCAUUUUGGGCUUUGCUUGAUGAUCAUUCUCCAAAAGAAGUAGGCCUUAUCUUGGAGCGAAUGAUAACAUGUAAUCAUCCAAGUUUAGGUACCAAUAAUAAGGAGAAAUGUGAUGAUAUUUUUGCCUAUCUCCUACAGACUCUGCAUGUAUUAACGGAUCCAGAAGGAGAGAGUCCAGUCCCCAAGGUUUCACCAAUGAUCUAUGUAGAUACACUUAUUCAGUACCUCUUCACAAUCACUCAACUGUCCCCAGUAAACUCUGCAAAGGCUCUUUUACAGGUACUAGAAGAGAAGUAUGAGGAAUGUGCGAAGUCCAAGUUUAAAAGAUAUCCCAUGGCAAACACAUUUGUGUUCCUGAAAAUUGCUGGAAUUCUUUUCCCAUCUUCAGAUUUUGUUCAUCCAGUUAUGACUCCUGUGAUAACAUUUCUGAUUCAUCUAUUGGGCCAGGCAAAGAUUUUAACACGAAGAGAUGUCACAGCAGCUUUAUUUUCAGCACAUAUUUUGCUGGAAUAUUUAAGCCUUUCCAAAAGGUUUGUGACAGAAUUAGCCAACCUAUUAAAUGGUCUUCUCUUCAUGGCAAUUGAAGACAGACAGAAAAUGCAUCUUCCACUGACACCACCAUUUAGCCCUGUUGGUGCAACAGCUUCUCUUCUUGUAUUGGAGAAGACCAUAACAGAGUAUAAAGAAUCUAGACUAACUUUAGCCAAUAUCAAUAAGGACGAAGAGCUGACUGAUGACUUUAAAAUUAAUAUAUUGUGCAAAACAGCAAAGCUGCUUCAUCAGGUGUGCAAGUGCUGGUCACAGACGCCAUCAAUACGUACUGUAAUGAUACCUACUGGCAAGCUUUUGCAGUCCCUUUCCCUAAACAAAUAUCCUGAAUGUGUGAAAAAAUCUAUAGAAGAAUUAUCAACUACAAUUCGGUCCUUACCAGCUCAGGGAUGUGCACUUGUUCGGGAAGAAAGCAAACCUACAUCCAUCAGGAUGUAUGAACCAGCUAUUGAAAAGAUAAUUGAAGGGGUGAAGAAACAUCAUGGAACAAAGGCUUAUCUUGAAAAGCAGAAACUCUUGUACAAAUUGAAACGUGAAAGAAAGGGAGCUAGAAGAGAGAUCCAGAGAGAUACUGCUUUCUUGGCCAGACAGCAGUUGAUUGAAACACUUCAGAGUGAUGCUGAGCGCAAGAGAAAGAUUGGACAGAUCAUGGGUGGAUUGCAAGUGCAAGAGGGAGAAUUCAAGAAGCUGAAAAAGAAAAAAUAAAGCCUACAUGUUGA